AUGGAGUAUAAAUGGACUGUACCAUUUACAUUAUUGGCAUUUAUAUUAGCACUAGUGAAUUGUGACAAACCUUUGUUCGAUGGAAAAAACCUUCCUUAUGGUUUCCGACGUCCAUAUGUUCGGAAUUCCUGUCCUAGCUGCAACACAAAGAAAAGUCGAUGCUGUAUAUUGAUGAAGGAAGGCGAAGGAAUAUGCUGCAACGAGAAUGUGAGUCAAAACAUCCAUGUUAGUGGCGUGAGGAGGAGGCCUUGGGGGAAGUGCACGGCGGAGAUAAGGGACCCAAAGAAGAAUAGAGCGAGAGUUUGGCUUGGGACUUACGAGACACCCGAGGAUGCAGCUUUGGCUUAUGAUAAAGCUGCUUACAAAAUGCGUGGUUCUAAGGCUAAGCUUAGUUUCCCACAAUUGAUUGGAUUGAGCCAAGUGGUGGAGCCUAGCCUGUUAGAGUCACUCACAAAUGCCGCUUGUCGGAGCUGUCAUCACCGUUGUCUGAUGAUGGUGGUUCGAAGAACAAGAGUAGUAGAUCAUAAGCUGGAGUAUACUAGCUCAGUGGGUCAAGCUGAGUUCAGUAAUGGAAGCAGUAGUAGUAGUCCAAUAUUAGAGGAGGGUUCAAGUGAUCAAGCUAUAGAUAUUACUUGGCAAUCAUUGGUUAAUGAACCAAUCACAUGGUGGAGGAGUUUAGAUUAUCUGUGUUAUGAUAUCCCAGCUUCCUCGUUCUCUCACCUAUAGUUCAUAGAGAAUUUGAUUCCACAGCACGAUUUCAGAAUUGGGUUCAUAAUCAAUUGUACUUAGUGAUGA